UGUUCUUAGAGAAGGUUUACCAGUUGGAAACUUAUUUGUUUCCUAACCGUGAUUUUAUACAUACUCCCAUAUCUUCUUACCUGACUUAACUGUAUGUGCUCAGUGAACUGUUAAAGCCUGGACUAAUUUAACACACUGUUCUGUUUUUUGAUUGAAAUCGAGCAGGGACUUAGCCGUACAGACGUCUUUUGUUUUCUUAUUAGAAAUAUUUUGGAAGAGUGUGCUGUGCUGUUUUUCUGUAGAUUUUUGUUCUCUUAACUAUUACGUUUGCGAGGAGUUGAUCAGCAUUUUAAAAGCCAUUUGAGUGGAAUAAACAUUGGUGGUUGUCGAAGCAUAUUUGUGGAUUUAAAUAAUCACCCAAAUAUUGAUGGCUCUUUUAAUUGCUGUGCUGGUUGGGUGAUAGAGACAGUGGCGUUUCCCGUUGGCCUCAUAUGACCUUGUUCGGGAUUACAUAUAGAUAGUGGGCCUGUGUAAGCGGGGCACAGAUAACCAGACGAGUUGAAAUUUGAACAUCUGACACCAUAUUACCAGUACAGCGCAGUGAACUGACUUAGUUUUACCCAGCAAGACAGGAUAUUACAUAUCAAGAGUUUUCCGUGGAAUAUUACAUACCACUGACAUUGUGUUGUACAAUUAACUUUACGUACACACGCUGGAAUCUGAUUGUGCCAUGUAUAUAUUACUGUAAACAUACCCGAGUGGGUCAAUAUUUCACUGGUAUUGGACAGGAGGUCAUAUUCUUGGCUGUUUCAACAGUAGAUAAAUAUUCUCUACCUGAUAUGGAAUGUGCAUAAUUUAUUUGAAACUCGGGAGAUUUGAAGUAAAUGGCUUGAAGAGGGAAAGAUAUUAAUAAAUGGUUUUAGAUCUUCCCACCUCGUAUUUGACACUUAAGUGUUUAUGACACACGUUGGAUCAUAGAUCCUAAGAAUGCAGUGACUGUACCAGUGUAAGAGUGUGCCAGUAGCAUAUGUAGUGUUGUUCAAUGAUCUAAUCGUUUCGGUGUUGUUAUUUGUGUAAUUCAGUUGAAAGUGCUUCGUCUGGGAAAUAUUUCAUCAGCUCAAGGAUUAGAAACCAAAAAAAAUCUCUUCACUCAAGGGACUUAAACCUGUAGUUUUACUUUGCUUCCAACUUAUGUGAUGCAAGUAGUAGUUUUAUAUAUAGAAAAAAAGGAAUCAUGAAUAGCAUCAUUUACGACGAUUUCCAAGAUUGGCUAUAUAAUCCCCAUCCAGUGAGUACUGUUCAUCAAGGGGUUUUUCCGCCCGUGGUCAGUAGCACCCCGAUGAUCUCCCCUCCCCACCAGCACCCCGGCCAGCAGCAGAGGGAGAGUAUGGACACCAGCGAACCCAUGCAAGUGUCCACCACGGGGGAUACCUACAUGGACUGUGAUUCAUCUGAGUACUAUGGAAGGGACGCAGCUUCCAAGAGAGAACAGAAGAGGCGACCCAAACCUAAAGAUGGCACCCUGCUCGUCUGUGGGGUGUGUGGGGAUAAGGCGCUGGGCUACAACUUCGAUGCCAUUACCUGUGAAUCCUGUAAGGCUUUCUUCAGGAGAAAUGCCUUAAAAACAAAGGUUUUUGCUUGCAGCUUUGAUGGCAAUUGUAAGCUUGACACCCACACACGAAAAUUUUGCUCUGGCUGCCGUCUUAAGAAGUGCUUUGACAUCGGCAUGAAGAAGGACUGGAUUCUAAGUGAAGAUCAGUUGGCAAAGCGUAGACAGAAGCUUACAAAGCAGGAUCGAGCCAAACUUCGUAAGAUAGAAGAGCCAGGAUGUCCGGUCACAGCUUGUCCAGAAGUGUCCACCAGCAACUACCACUCGGACGAGUCGUCGUCUUACAACCAAUCCCCUCCCACAGAGUUAUCUCCCUUCAAAUCAGAAAUGGAUGAUGAUGACUACCCAAGACCGUUGCCCGAGGACAUCCGCAAAGAAAUUCAGAAUUUGGAGGAGCAGUACGCAGCGGUGUUUGACCAGCCAUACAAUGAGACCCAAUUUAGGAAACUGACAGAAAGUCCCCGGUCAGCUAAUGACCUUUUCAAUUUAACAGACAUAUUUAUUCGUAGAUUGAUCAAGUUUGCCAAACAUGUACCAGAGUUCAAGCAGCUACAGCAGGAAGACCAGAUUCAUUUACUUAAAGGAGGCAUCAUGGAAAUUAUGGUUUUGCGUUCAGUGAUGGGCUUUGAUUCACAGUCCAUGGGAUGGAAAGUGAGAGGAGGGUUAUCGCAAAAUAAUAAAAUAUGUGAAACACAACUUAGCCCAGAAAUGAUCAAAACGAUGGACACCCACAUGUAUUCAGACCAUGUGAAAUUUGUCAUGAGUCUAAAUCAACUCACAAAAGCCAACAAAACCAUAUUGACCCUACUAUUCGUGAUUGAAUUAUUUUCCUCAGACAGACCAUGUCUCAAAAACAAGGAGUUAGUGGCCAAGGGACAGGAAAAGUUUUCUACCUGGCUUCAAGCCUACCUGGAGUCCAUUUAUCCCGUCAGCGAAGCCCGACAGCUGUAUCCCAAGCUUCUAAUGAAGCUACUGGACGUGAGAAGUCUGGGAGAGUCCAGUGCUCAACUGGCCUCCCACCUUGAUAUUACACGACUCGAACCACUGCUAGUGGAAAUCUUCAGCUUACAAAAGUGACAUAAAAUGGCACAAAAAAAUGUGAGGUUAAACAGGAGUAAACAAACAGUAGUAUGUUUUUACAUCAACGACCUUGUACAAUAUGGCAUCAUCGUGCUCUUAAUGUUGUCUUCUUGUUCUGAAGCACCAGGCUCAGGCAGCUAAGCUAUUAUUAUUGUCUUGGGAUGGGGAGUAGGUUGGUAAGGAUAGAAUUAUUCCUACCACAAUUAGGACCAAGACUUCAUGUAUGAAUGAAUUGCAAGUCUGUAAUAUUAUAGGAAAUUUAGCAUGCUGUCUUGUAUUUAACAAAGCUGUGUGGUUAUCUAGUGAAAUACAAAGCUUAUUUUUAGCAAAGAUACUUUACAAAUUAAGAUGAGUUAAUCCAAUUUUAUUUCCUUUAAAAAGGGGGGUACAGAUUAAAAUUAACUCCCCAAGGAGGGAUUAAAGAAGCUAAAAUUUUCAUGAUUUGUAGGCUUGCUAUAAGUAGAGAAUAGUGCAUUUUCGGAAGCUUUUGUGUGUUAUAGUUCUUGCCUAGGUUUGUGUAAAGACAUUUCAGUGGCAUGAUCUUGACUGUUGAGCCUCAGGGAGGACAAUAAAAUGUUCAGGGAAUCUUCAGGCUCGGCAGCACCUACCUCUAGAGUAUACUCACAAUGUAUUACCCAUCAGCCACUGCAACAUUUCCCAUCAUUCACUGCAGUAUCCUGCUUUCUGUUUUCAUGUUCAGCUUUGUGUUUAAUUGCUAUCAUAGUAAAUUGCUUAUUUUUCAAAAACAAUAAGAGCUGAUGCUGUUUGAUCUGCAUUGCUUUGUGUGUGUAUAAAUCAAUUGUAACAUAAACAAAAAAAAACAUAUCCCUAGAAUCUAUUGAAUAUAGCAUAUCUUAUUGUCGAUAACAUUUUUAAAAAAAAUUCAGUGAACUUGUAUAUGUUGUAGUUUACAACUGGAAGUACUGUCAUUACACAAUGAUCAUUGUUGCUAAGGUCAUUUCACACCAGGUGAAAUACGUCUGUUUGUUUGUGUGUAUACAUAGGCUUCAUCUCGUUCAUAGAGAACUUACAACCUUGAAUGGCAGAAUUAUUAGGUGACGUACAUCACAAUUCAAGACACAGCAAGAAAACUGGGUCCCAAUAGUGUAAUAUUAACAGAGAACAUAUCUAUUGAUUUUUGUCCCGUUUUGACGUAAGUGAUUAUUGAUCUGCCUUUACGACCCAGCUUGGUCAAAGGUGCAAAAUAUCAAGGUUGUGGGGAGCGAAUCUACUGCCUUAUUAUAUGUGUACCGGUUAUAGUGUGGUUUAUGGCAUGCUUGAGAAUGGUGCUUGAAUGCUAUUUUGUGUGUUUGUUCAAAUAUGUUCUCGUAAAAUAGCCUACCCUAAGGUGGUAGAGUGAAAUGUUUGCUCUGUAUGUGUUGAAGAAUUUGUUAUAUUUAUGACAGGGAACACUGUCUUUUUUUAUUGCAUUCGCCAUGUGAAUGUACCCUGUUUGCUUAAUAGGGCAAAUAAACAACAUCUUAAAUUGUUCAGAUUCUAGUUUAACUUUUGUAUAAGGGGUGAUAUUAAUAUUGAUAGUACAGAGUUUUUAAAGCUCUGCUCAGUUGUUCCUAGUUAUGAAAAAAACCCAGGAGUUGUUAUGUGACGAAUAUCAAUUUGCACUAAAAAUUAUUUUACUUUUAACUGAUUUCAAAUCAAGACAUAAUGAAAUGAAUAGAAUUUUAAAAUUCAUCUGAAAUGUAUUUGAGGGAAUGUAAUUAUCGGGCUUAUAGUCAAUAAGUACAUGUAUUGAUUUCGACUUUAUUUACUGUAGAUAGUAGUAAAUUAGUAAGGAGAGAGAAAAAGAAUGUAAAAAUCUUAUCAUCUCAGUAAGUUUUAUCAGAUACAUUAAUUAAAUAUGCUGCAUGCACACAUUGUCCAUGUUCACUGUUGUGACACUGUGUACAAGGCAUUUAUUCCACUGUGAUCUAAAAAUGUUUCCGGUGGAUCAAAGUAUAUCUGCACCAUGGAGGUGACAUUUGGAGAAAAACAAUAUUGGUCUAUGUUUUAGAAAGAGACCCUGAGGGAGAAAACUAAUGUUAUGGAUGUCAUAAUUUUAUAGUCUGUUGUGUACUGUUGUUACCUUUAACCAAAAUGAAUUCUGAUUUUUAAAGAAUGAGAAAAAAUUUAAAAGAUAAAAUUGAUUUUAUUCAAUAUUUUCUACAUGAUAAAAGUGCUAAUAUUUAAAGUGUUUCUGUAGCAAAUGUUAUUUGUAGACAUGUUUUGUAUUUACCUUAUUUGUUAAUAUUGGCUUUUUUAAAAUAAAAUAUUUUUAUUGCCAAAAAUUAUACAAAAUAACAUUUUAUCCAUGACUAUGUACUUGUAUUGAAAGUAGCUCAAAUUUACUUUUUGUAAACUUAAUGUUAUACAGUGUUAUACAGGUUUUUACAUUAGGGAAAAACAAGAAUAUUGUUUUCAAUUCUCUAUUGUCAUGGAUAUUGUAAAAACCUUUUAUCAUUUUUUGUGUAUCCACACUAUAAAAUUGUUUAUAAGGUUAUAAUAUUGUGACGCUCAAAAAAGCAUAAAAAUAAAAAAGUAUGGGUGACAACAAAAGAGGUUAUUUUUGUAUUUCUUUGGGGAAGGGGGAUUCAAUCUCACACACGUUGUACUUGUUUGGUGCAUUCAGUGAUAUAUAUUGAGGUAUCUUGAUCUUUAAAUAAGAGAGGUAACUCUCACUGGAAUUCAUGGCUCAUUCAUUUAAUUUAAAAACAAAUCAGGAUAAAAGGUGAUUUUGUCAAAAUUUGCCUCUUAAGAUAUGCUUAUUUUUUUGACGUAGUUUAUUAUCAAAUAAAGCCAAAUUUUAGAUGUUAGCAGAGGGAUGCUGAAUCAAAAUAAAGCGCCACAUAAAAACGUUUCUUUUGCUCCUUUUUAUUUCUUUGUAGCUCAGUCUGGUGAAUUUUUAAAGAUAUUUUUUAUAAAUUUCUUAUAGAUGAGGAUAAAUCACAGAUCCUGGAAGCGUUGCAUAAGUUAAGAGAAUUUUAUGCCUUCGUAUUUUUAUCGUGUUUUAGUAUGAGCCAAAGACGUACAACUAUCUACAUUGUGUUUUGGUUUAUUCCGUUCUCAAGUAUGCUCUAGAUCUAUUAUGAUUCACAUCUGCACAUGUAGAAAGAUAAAGUGUUUAUUAAACAUGACCUGACGACCUUAGCAGGUGUUUGAUUUGUGUUGUUCUAUAUAUAGGAAAUUGGUUAAAGUAUACCAUACAGUUAUUUGUUAAGGUAUACUAUACAGUAAUUUGGUCUCUACUUCUCUAUGGACAUUAAAAUCUCUAAUAUGUUGUGUAUUGGUUGACAGAAAGCUCUAACAGUAUUUGGCAUUGAUUAAAAACAAAACUAUUGAAGACAUCAAUUUUGCAUCAGUUUUACAUUUUCAGGAUCUGGUUCAUUUAUCUGAAUAAGAAACUAAGUUAAUGAA